UUAUACUUUACAUUUUUUAGACAGAGCUCAAAUAAUUUCUUAAAUCUUCAAACUUGAAUUUGACUUUCCGUUUCGUAUUUUAUGUAAAUUUCAAAUUAAAUGUUUAGAAAUUUAAUAGAAAGGCCCAAUGAUGCCACCCCACAAGGCUGUGCACAGUUUACGAAGGCUAGCGAACGACAGGGUAUUGUACACGGUGUGCGGGGUGAUCCUUGAAGAACUCUUCUUCGGGGAGCAGGGGCAGUGGGAGCAGCUGGGACACCCCGUGCUCACCCCCAGACUGCAAGUCUUCAGAGAUGUGCUUUGUAACGCCUUGGUGCCGAAACUGCUGCAGGAGCUUCUAAAUACAAUUUUGGAGCGCAAUGAGGCAGUUGAAGCGACCGUGCGGUUCACGGCAGUGCAGUUGCUGCUGGUGCCCGGCGUGACGAAGCUUGCGGUUGGCCACUUCCCUGAACCGUUCUACGCCCCCAUCCUCUCAGCCAUCGCAGAGAGCGCUGCUCAGCUACAAACUCUCGACCUCCGGGGCGUUUGGGUCAGGGAAAUGCACAAGUUCUACCUCUGUAAAGUUAUUAGGCGCAUCCAUACCAUCCGACACUUGACACUUCGUUACACAAGUGACGACGAAAUCUUGGCGAUCGUUGGGAAGCACUGCCCUCAGCUCGAGACUCUGGACAUUUCUGGAUCAGAGAACAUCUCUGAGUCCGGCAUCAGGAGUCUAUACGAGAAGCGCAUUAACGAUGUUUUUAAAGGCUUUAAUGACUGUGCAAAGACACUUAAAGUUGUAGACAUCGGUGGACCUGGAGCCCAGCAUUUACCUGUGAGUCAAGUCAGUCUGCUAUUAAGGUUUUUGCCCAAUUUGAACAGUUUGGGGGCAUUCGAAAGAACUGGUGCUGCAGUCGAAAUACUUUUUGAAGAAGAUCCUACUUUGCGAUUUAAUCUAAUUUAUUUGCAUGACCUAUACACGACCAAACAGAGAAUGGAGAUAAUAGUCAAAGCAUGCCCAAAAAUUCAAGGAAUGUAUUUAGACUGUCCCAAGGCAUCGGCAGUGCACAUAAUCCACUUGAACAAAGAAAUGAGAAAUUUAAGGGUCCAUAAAUGCAGAUGGAGUGAUUUGGAACUCACGCUCCUCAAUUUUCAUUCACGUCUACGAACUUUAUACAUGUCGACUAUCUUUGGAACAGUCAACAUUUUAUCUUUGUCUAAAUACUGUCCGAACUUGACAAGAAUUGAGCUGCACGGAGUAACGCUCAUCAGUUCAGUUCCAGACUCGCCCGAUCCACAAACUUAUCGUAUAUUUCCUGAAUUAAGAGAGCUUCUGAUUUACCGGACGCCAGUAUCACCAUUAUUGAUGGGUACGUUUAUGAAGAGCAGCGAAGUAUUGGAACACCUGUCGUUUGGUGAAUGUAACCAGAUCACUGACGAAGACUUGAAAGACCACUUAAACUCGAGUACUUUAGAACAUUUAACACAGCUUUGGUUUGGUCAAGCCCAGCAGCUAUCUCUGCCAAGCUUGCAACUUAUCAUCGAUAAAUGCCCGCUUGUCACCAGCAUUGGGAAUUUGGCGGCAUGGGCGCUGAAUUCGGCUGAGAUCGUUUUUAUGAAAAUGCAACUCGAGUUGAGCAACACGGACCUCACCCUCCAUGACUACGGUUCCUUGGAACAGGGAGAAGGAUUCAUAAUCCUCCUCCAAGAAGAGGACCAUGAAGAGUAAUAAAUGUCACGGUUUCCGCAUGAAAGUUGUCGUAAACAGGCAAUCAUUUUAAUAAGGAGUUUCUCCUAGUCACACCCUUCUUUUUAAGAUUCAUAUAAGAAUUAGAAUAAAUUUGCAAGGGGAAUUAAUAAUGCAUUAAAAAUAUACUAUACAAUUGACGCGAUAAUGCAAUGGACGACUCCAGGUAAUAAACGCAAGUAAGACAUUUUUGAACGAAUAAAUAUUAAGAUACAGCGAAAAACAAAUUUGAUAUGUUAUUGCAUUGUGUUAUCCCAUUUAUUGUGCUGUUAUUUGGACAUUUAUAUUAAUAUCGGAGGAAUUUUGGUUCGUACUGAACAAAUUUUCCAAAAUAUAAUUAUUAAUAUUAUCAUUACUUUCCCUUACACCCUCCCCGCCUACAAUCUUCUUCAUUCUCCCUAAAUUCAAUGAAUAUUUCAUUCCACUCUCAGUGCUGCCUGGUCAAAAAAAUUGCACUUCAUUCAUUACCCGUUCUCUCACACAUAACACUCACCACAUCAUACAGUAUCAGUCGCUAAAUCUUUAGUAUUUCUCUCUCAUUUAAAUCAAACUUCGUCAUCAGGCUUUGCACAGCUUCCUUCACUCAUUCUCGCAUGAAUCAUACAUCUUUUUUCCGGGCAUUCCACCUGAAUGCACAUCUAUACACACUUGAGGCAUUUGCAAUCACAUUGAACAUUAGAUCCGCUUUCCAAUAACCACCAUACAUGCAUUCAUACCUGGGCAUCUCUUUCAUCUAAUAUAGUUUAGGCUAUCCUUUCCUAUCAUUCAUAGCUUCCAUACUCUUAAGCCUAAUACAUUAAAGCUCUUUUCUAUUUAUCUCUUCAAUUUUUUCACAUCCCCCUUUAUUCCUGAAGCACUCUAGCUGUCCCGUCUUUGUCCAUUUCACACUUUAAUCAGAGUGCCAUCAGGCGCUUUUUCAGCGCCCAUGUCUCACGGAACUCACCCUUUCACUCAGAAAAAAUGGGGUCAUGUUGUCCGAAUAGUGACACGCUUUUCUGCAGGUAGCAUUGAUACACGUUUAUGUCGGGCCAUACUGGGUCAGAAUGACCCACGCAAUGGCAGAAAAAGCCCCACGUGCCCAACGUUCAUCAACCAUUAAAUCCAGUCGUAAUUAUGUAUCCUUAAACCCGAUUUAUCUCUGUCAGUCU